CCGUCCGACUAUAUCUCUGAGACACUGACAAGUUUGAGAUAAAAAGGAAGAAGAAGCAUGGCUGCUAGAAUACUUCUUCUCUCCUCUCCUCCCCUCCCUACAUCUUCCAAUCAUUCUUUCCCCAUCUUAAAAAACCAGAGCUCAUUGGCCACGCCAAAGAAAACAAAAUGGGAGAAAAUCGUGGCGUUUUCGACCAAUGGCAGAGAAACCACUCAGCAGAAUGGGGUUUCAAGAAGGGAUUUAGUGUUCACUGGCUUAUCGUCACUUUCACUGAUUUUCCCAUCUUUAAGCUCAAGUGCUGAAGAAGAUGUGAAAAUGGCCUCAUUAGUUGAUAAUAUUAAUUCUUAUUCCUAUUUGUACCCCACAGAGCUUCCUUCCAAAGGAUUUGUCUUCAAAUGGGUUGAAUCCAGAAAACCAGAGCGUUAUUCAUCGGCUGCACCACUGUCACCGGAUGCACGGCUCCGCAUUGUGUCUGAAAGAGUUGACAUCAUUGAUAAUCUUAUUAUUUCUGUUACGAUAGGUCCACUCAAUUCACAAUUCCUAAAGUCAGAGAAAAGUACCUGGAGUGCUAAGGAUGUUGCUGACUCUGUUUUAGCCGAUAAAUCUGCUUUGCGGGUAACCUCAAGUCAACGGUUGGCUGAAAGUUCACUUCUUGAUGCACAUUCUUCCCAAAUUGAUGGUGAUCCAUAUUGGUAUUUUGAGUACCUUGUUCGCAAAUCACCAACCAAAACGGCUCUAGAGUCGAAUCUUUUCCGCCACUAUGUUGCUUCAACAGCUGAACGAGACGGUUACAUGUAUACUCUUAGUGCAUCAGCAAUUAGCAAGCAAUGGAACCAAAUGGGACCGUUCUUAGAAAAGAGCGUCGCUUCUUUCCGCCUUCUCCCUCCUACAGAAAGCUAUGUUCCUCCAUACAAGGAUCCUUGGAGAUUUUGGUGAAGAAGAGAUCUCAAUUCGCUUGGAACCAAUUAAAUGUUGAUGCCGGAGAUGGAGUCAGCAAAGGAAACUACACUUGCCAAAUGUAACUUUGGCUCCAGCGAUUUAUGAUAUAUUCCUUUUUCCUUGGCUCCCGCUAUUGUAUAUCUGAGUGAUGCACGAGAACGAAAGCAGCAACUCUUGCAAUGAUGGAACAUCUUGGAUGUGAAGACCAUUCGGGGAGGUAUUUUUUCGUCUAUCUGGCUCAGAUAUUUAAAUUGAAUAGAGUUAAGGGUAGUUUGAGGUUUUGAUGGAGCAAAGUGCAUCAUCAAUAUGAUCUUGUAUAUAUAGCUAUACAUGAUACAUCUCUUUGCUUGUUCCUAGGGAGAUUCCUUGCUUAAUGCUUAUUCAAUUAUAAGUUUUUUACUGCCUCGCUA